CAGUGUGGAGGAGUCGAUUACAGCUCCUUACUUUCUUCUUAGCAAACCUGGAUUUGAACUGGACAGGUGUACGUUACGUACCUUCGGAGGACUUGACAACCUUCCUGCCUAGAUGGAGUUUUCAAACAUAAUCCCUACUAUGGUGCACAUGUAGCUUUCUGGGUCUUUUUUUGGGAGGAAAAAGUCUGCGGCACACUUUCCAUUUUAGUGGCAGCGAGUAGUUUUUCGUCUGUUCUUCCUCGGCAAGCAAUCUUUUGUGUAUCUUUUUACGUUCAUCCGUCCCGUACCGGCUUUCACUUUUACGGAGUAUUUGACUUUCUGGCACUCAUGAAUUCGGAUAUUAAUGUAUACCUCGGCAGGGAUAAAUCAAGUAUCAUGAGGAAGAGAGCGCUGCUGCUGAGGAAGGGCUGCAGCUUUGAAAUAACAAGCUCUGCCUCGGAGGACUUGGGCUGCAGGCGCGGGGAAUUCAGCCGGAAACACUAUGGGUCCGUGGAGCUGUUGAUCUCCAGUGAUGCUGAUGGAGCCAUACAACGGGCCGGUCGGUUCCGGGUGGAGAACGGGUCAUCAGAUGAGACAACAGACUACACUCCAGGAACCUGGAGGAGAACAGAUGUCCAUCUGGAGAACCCAGAGUACCAUACCCGAUGGUUCUUCAAAUACUUCCUUGGAAAAGUCCAUCAGAACUACGUGGGCACGGACGCUGAGAAGAACCCCUUCUACCUGUCAGUUGUCCUGUCAGACCAGAACAACCAGAGGGUGCCACAGUACAGAGCCAUACUGUGGAGGAAAACGGGAACCCUGAAGAUCUGCCUUCCUUACAGUCCCACAAAAACACUAUCAGUCAAAUCCAUUUUAAGUGCCAUGAACAUGGACAGAUUUGAGAAGGGGCCAAGAGAAAUACUCAACCCGGAGAUCCAAAAGGACCUACUGGUGUUGGAGGAGCAAGAGGGGUCUGUAAACUUUAAAUUUGGUGUUCUGUAUGCCAAAGACGGACAGCUCACAGACGAUGAGAUGUUUAGCAAUGAAACAGGAAGCGAGAACUUUGACAAGUUUUUAAACCUCUUGGGAGACACCAUUUCACUGCAGGGUUGGGCGGGAUAUAGAGGAGGCCUGGACACGAAAAAUGACACUACAGGAAUUAACUCCAUAUACACUGUGUACCAGGGUCAUGAGCUUAUGUUCCACGUGUCCACCAUGUUGCCGUAUUCCAAGGAGAACAAGCAGCAGGUGGAGAGGAAAAGACAUAUUGGAAAUGAUAUUGUUACCAUAGUGUUCCAGGAGGGGGAUGACGCCUCUCCGUCCUUUAAGCCGUCCAUGAUUCGAUCCCAUUUUACGCAUAUUUUUGCCUUAGUUAGAUACAACAGUCAGAACAACAGUUACAGGCUGAAGAUAUUCUCAGAGGAGAGUGUACCCCUGUUUGGACCACCCCUCCCCUCCCCACAUGUUACAGACCACCAAGAAUUCAGGGACUUUUUGUUAGUGAAAUUAAUUAAUGGAGAGAAGGCCACCCUGGAGACGCCAACGUUUGCUCAGAAACGUCAGCGGACUCUGGAUAUGCUGAUCCGAUCUCUGUAUCAGGACCUCAUGCCCGACCUCCACAAGGUUCCCUUCUCUCCUCAGAACAUGCUGAACCGACGCUCCUUUAGUGAUGUCCUCCCUGAGUCACCCAAAUCGGCACGCAAGAAGGAGGAGGCACGGCAGGCCGAGUUCGUCAGGAUAGGGCAGGCACUGAAACUGAAGACCAUCGUACGAGGCGAUGCCCCUACCAGCCUGGUCACCACAGGAUUGUGUAGAAAGGAGCCCUGGGAGUCCCAGUCCUUCUGCAGCAGCUUUCCGUAUGAGAUAGUGUGCGGUGACUCCUGGGGCCAGUCCUUGCUAAUUGCAACGGAAGCUGCCGGAGUGAUGCUGCUGGAUGGUCCGGAUCCAGCUCUUUCAAAUGCUGAUACACCGUCAGUCCCUGUGCAGGUGUUCGAUAAGACCAUUGUGGUGAAACAGAUGCAUGUUCUUGAACCUCAGGAUCUCCUAAUCACCAGGGCUGACAAAGGGAAAGAUGCACGUCUCUAUGUCUACCGACUGAGUGCGCUCAAGAGGGGCUUAGAGGAGAGGCAAUUAAUCCGUAGCAAGUGCGACAGCCGAGAAAACAAGCUGGAAAAAACAAAAGGUUGCCAUUUGUAUUCCAUCAACACUCACCACGGUGUGGAGCUGCGCAUUGUGGCGGCCAUUCGCAACAAGCUCCUCCUCAUCACCAGGAGGCAGCCUCGGCCUGACUGCCAGAGUGCUGUCGCCAUGGUGACCGUGCCCCCCGAAUCACCCGUGGAGGAGUUCCAGUACAUAAGGGAGAUCUGUUUGUGUGACCCUCCUGUUGUCAUGGCGCUGGUGGAUGGUCCCACUGGAGAAAAUGACAACAUGAUUUGUGUGGCCUACAAGCACCAGUUUGACCUCAUCAAUGAGAGCACCGGAGAGGCCUACAGACUGCAUCAUGUGGAUGCCAAUAGGGUCAACUUUGUGGCAGCCAUAGAUGUGUACGAAGAUGGGGAGGCUGGCAUUUUGUUGUGUUACAACUACAUCUGCUACUACAAGAAGGUGUGUCCAUUCAAUGGAGCCACGCCCAUGAUCCAGUCCAGUGCCUCAGACUUUCAUUUCAGCUGGAACCAGAUGCCCAAUGCUAUCGUGUGCGCCUUCCCCUACAUCCUGGCCUUCACCACGGACUCCAUUGAGAUUCGGCUGGUAGUGAAUGGAAACCUGGUGUACACUGCAGUCGUGCCAGAGUUGCAGCUGACAGCAUCCAGGUCCGACAUAUACUUUGUGUCCUCCGCGCCAGUCAAUGCGGCAUCCACCAGCAGCUCCAGGGACACCAGCUCUCACAGCUCCCCGCAGACACCCACUGCUUACGAGAUGCCCAUCUUCCCUUCGCCCCUGGGAGAUGAUUCUAUUAGGAUCCCCUAUGGCACCAAGCUUUCCCUGUACAUGUCAAAAGAAGCUGAAGGCGAGGUGCAGGCAAAGCACAUCUACAAGAUCCCCCUCAGCAACCUGGUGGGCCGCAGCAUCGAGAGGCCCCUGAAGUCGCCACUUGUCAACAAGGUGGUGACCGCGCCCGUGCCCAGUGUGGCGGUACCGUCCUCGCUUGGCCCCGUCACGCACUCCCUCUCGCUCUCCCGCAUGGAGAUCAAGGAGAUCGCCAGCCGCACGCGCAAGGAGCUGCUGGGCCUUACAGAGGAGCCUAGUGGGAAAUCAGAGAGCACAGUGAAACAGAGGAAGAUCAGUAAGAAACCAGUGGAAGAAGAGCCGAAGCCCAGAGCGUUAAGGUCUACCAGCAGUGACAGGAUGGGCUCGGAGUCUGCCGACACAGAUUCGGAUGUCCAGCGGCACUGCUCAUCGAGCUCGGAGGCGGAGCCAGAGCGUGCAGGGGCGCGGGAGGAGAGCCCGCCCCUCACCGCUUCCUUCGAGGAGGACAUCUUGGACUUGAAGUGAGGACAAUCCUGAAAGUGCUUCUUUACUCAUGUCCUUGUGUAGUUUCCAUUUUUUUGGCAUGUCCUCCGCUCAUCCCCCACCCCAGUACCCAUUCACAACCACUCUAAGUAGGAAUGUUUCAACGUGUUUUUCACUCCAAUGUAACCACUAAGUAUUUAGCCAUGACAUCACCCAAACCCAGACCACUUCUUUCUGACAGACAGACACUUGUGCCCAAACUUAUUUUGUUAUUUUUGUCGCCAUGGCUUAAUACUUUGUUUCAUAGUAUAACUAAAAUACAGUAAUAUGUAUAUAUAGUGUAUUUGUUGUAUAUAUAGUAUAU